AUGGGUGCACAAGUCCGGCGUCCCUCGUCGCCAAAGCCUAAACCACCUCCCCUUUCGCUGAGGGACGAGUGUGUGGACGGCACGAUGAGUACAGGCGUUGAGCUGCGGCGCAAAGUCUCCAACGCGGGCUCCGAAGUCAUCACGAGGAACUUCAUCUCCCGCGCAAGCUUCUCACUUGACGAAGACGUGCCCAAGACGCCGGGUGCCAUCGCCCAUGGCUUCCGAGAGCUGCCCCGGCAGGACCAGAGGAACUUCCUCCUCCUCGUCCUUCUCUACUUCCUGCAGGGGAUCCCCAUGGGCCUCGCCAUGGGAUCGGUCCCCUUCCUGCUCAAGAACCACAUGUCGUACGGGCAGAUCGGCACCUUCAGCCUCGCGUCCUACCCCUACUCGCUCAAGCUGUUCUGGAGCCCCUUUGUCGACGCUGUCUGGAGCCCCCGGUUCGGACGACGGAAGACGUGGAUCGUUCCCAUCCAGUUCAUCUCGGGAUUCGGCCUCAUCUAUCUCGGCUCCCACGUCGAGGAGAUGAUGGAGACGAUGGGCAAGCCGGCCGGUCCCACAGUCUGGGGCUUCAUGCUCUGGUGGUUCUUCCUCGUCCUCAUGUGCGCCACCCAGGACAUCGCCGUCGACGGCUGGGCCCUCACCCUCCUGACGCCGUCCAACGUCUCGUACGCGUCGACGGCCCAGACGGUCGGCUUGACGGCCGGCCACUUCAUGUCCUACACCGUCUUCCUCGCCCUCAACGCGAGCGACUUCGCCAACAAGUGGGUCCGGACAGUGCCCUCGGACGACGGUCUCGUCUCCCUCGGCGGCUACCUCAUCUUUUGGGGCUGGGCCUACAUCCUCGUCACCCUCGGACUCGGCUUCAUGAAGAGCGAGGAGAAGUCGCAGAACGAGGACGGCGUCUGGGAUGUCUACAAGAUCAUGUGGGGCAUCCUGAAGCUGAAGAACGUGCAGACCAUCAUCAUCGUCCACCUCAUCGCCAAGAUCGGCUUCCAGGCCAACGACGGCGUCACGAACCUCAAGCUCCUCGACAAGGGCUUCGGCAAGGACAACAUGGCGCUGACCGUUCUCAUCGACUUCCCCUUCGAGAUCGGACUCGGCUACUACGCCGGCAUGUGGUCGCAAAAGUACACGCCCAUGCGGCUCUGGUGCUGGGGUUUCGUCGGACGCCUCAUCGCCGCCGUGCUCGCCCAGAUCACCGUCGCCAUCUUCCCGAGCAGCGGCGUGACGGGCUGGUACCUCCUCGUCGUCAUCGCCGAGCACAUCUUCUCCACCUUUACCAACACCGUCAUGUUCGUGGCCGUCUCGGCCUUUCACGCCAAGGUAUCGGACCCGGUCAUUGGUGGCACCUACAUGACGCUGCUGGCGACCGUCUCGAAUCUCGGCGGGACGUUUCCCAAAUACUUUGUGCUGAAGCUCGUCGACGCCUUGACAGUGGCGACCUGCCACCCCAACCGGUCGGCGGAACGUCCUGAGACCAAAGGGCCCUUCAUCACCACGCCCUUUUCCUGCGCCGUGCAGGCGGAGAAGGAACGGUGCGAGAACGGCGGCGGCGCCUGCGUGAUGACGCGGGACGGCUUCUACAUGGUGAACAUGCUCUGCGUUGCCUUUGGCAUCGCGACGUUUGUGUGGUACAUUCGGCCGCGGGUGAUGCUUCUGCAGAACCUGCCGCUGCGGGCGUGGCGGCUUUCGCCAGGCAAGUGA